ACUUGAUUUAGCUAUUAACUAUAACUAAUAUUCUAAUAAUGAGUUAAGCUAACAUGCUAACAGUGGUGGCAUGUUGUUCUGUGUUUCUUUGUUUUGCUUAUUAAUUGUUUAAAAGUUGCCCUGCAGUAAAGAGGAGCAGUGUUGUGUCAGAGAUGUGACCUGGUGUUUUGUUCUGUUUGUGCCAUGGGGGGUCAAACAGGUCAGAUUUGUUGUAGCAACGGGCCCUAGCAACGCCGCAGGUCCACGGAGACCAACCGGGCCUGAGUGCAGGAAUGCAACACCGCACGCGAGUCAUUAUGCACGAGGGGAUUAAAAAAGUCUCCACGCCGAGGUGCGAAUAAACCUGGACGUUUAUAACUUUUCUUUUCUUUUUUUACAUUCGAGGUGAAAAUGGGAUGCGGAAGUUCUUCAAUUACCGCGGUCCAUCCGCUGAGCAAGGUGAGCGGAGACCAGGACGAGACUGAAAGUAAACUCAGUGGCCGCGGCGACUCUGCCGUGUCGAAGGCCACCACAGACAGCGGCGUGGUGAUGGAGAACAAAGACGUCCCGUCGUUACCUGGGAUGGUUCCCGAUAAACUCCCUCCUCUAACGUCUGGGAGCAUCAGAGAGAGUGAGCUGGAGAGAGAGACCCAAGAGGCUGCUGUUUCAGAUGUGCUGCAGGAGGACAACCCAGUGCCGGAGCGGCUGAAGUCCAGUGAGAUCCUGGAGGAGCUGCUGAGCCAGGGAAUCAUCCCCGCGGGACAGAGCGGAGAGAAAGGCAGCGGGGCCGCCUACACCAUCAUGUUGGAUGAAAAAGUAGGUGACGUUCGAAGACCUCCUGCCAGACUUGAGUCUCUGAAGGCCAAAAGAGCUGAAACUCUGCACAGCAGGGAGGAUUUUGAAGAGAGGAUGAGGCUGGCCGAGGAGAGACGCAAGUUUAAGGAAGACGAGCGCAGGAGACGCUUAAGGACCAUGUCUGCUCGCGUUCGGAGGAUCGCCCCCGCCUCCAGCCUCGAGGAGGACGAGGACGCCCUCCUCACCCCCGUGGAGCUGCURCAGUCAGCUCACACCCCCGGCGUGACCCCGGCUGCUCCGCCUCAGGUUCCCCGCGAGGACGCCGAGGSGGGAGAGAGCGUCCGAGAGGCCGCAGGUGACGGCAGAGAGGASACGAGGAACRAGAGAGAGUGGUUAAAGGAGGGAGMUGAGGAGAAARGUGGGGAGGAAGAGGAGGUGACCCAUGUGGAGGAGCUGAAGGCAGGUGAACUCACAACCUCAGGAGAGCUGGAGUGACUCCAGCUUCCAGAAUGCAAAGGARGAGGAAAUAUUUUAGUUCCCUGCAUAAAUGAGCCAUGAAUUAGCACUUAAAGUGCCUGUGACAUCAAAUUUUUGUAAUAAACAUGAAUGCUUUUUUGGAAAGAUAACGUA